UGUAAUAUCGACUGAAUGUGAAAAAAUAAUAAUUACAAAUUAUAGUCUAAAGUCCAGGAUGAGAUAAUGCGGUGGAAUUUUGAGGGGAUAUUCAGUAUCUGACGUCGAGUAUGAGAAUAUCGUCCCCAGGAUGACGAGUACUGGACUUCUGGUGCUGACGAGUCCAUCGAGGGUUAGGAAGGUACUUCCAGUGAUUCAGCAUCAUGUACUUCAGACUCUUUAUAUCCAGUAUUCACCUGGGAAAAGAGUGCAGUGCCAGAUGAUGACGAAUUCAAGGGUGAUUACGAGUAUUUAUGCCCUUGCUACGUCUUUCCUGGAGAGGGUGGACGUCAGGGUGUUGAUAUCGAGAGCAAAUCAGGGGUUUAUUGCCACCAGGAGACCUGUAGAGCUGGUGAUAUUCGAUGGUAAUCCCAGGGUGGACCCUCAGACCUUCGUCGAGAAGUUCCUGAGGAAUAGGUCGAGGUCUUGCAGAUGGAUUUCUCUGGAUACUGAUGGUGAUGAGACCCUUGGGGAAGGAGAAAAAAAUCCUCUGGGAGGUGGAGAGGAGCUGGAGAAGGUCUGGGAUAGAGUUGUCCUCGGGGGCACCUUCGACAGGCUCCACAAUGGCCACAAGAUCCUCUUGAGUGAAGCUGUUCUUCGAUGUAGAGAGAAACUGACAGUUGGGGUCACAGACGAGACCAUGAUCCAGGGGAAGAUCCUCUGGGAGCUCAUUGAACCCUGCGAGAAGAGGAUCGAGGCUGUCAAGGAGUUCCUCCAGGACAUCGAUGACUCUAUCUCCUACGACGUCGUACCCAUUUCCGAUAUUUACGGACCCACCAGGAGUGAAGAGAACCUAGAUCUCAUCGUCGUCAGUGAAGAAACAAAACGUGGAGGGCAGAAGGUGAAUGAAUUGAGGGGCGAGAAGGGCCUCAGGAUUCUAGAUGUCCACGUAGUCCAGUUGGCUGAGGACGGGGGGCACAGCGAUCACGAGGAGGCGAAGAUAAGUUCUAGUAACCAAAGAAUAAGACUCCUGGGUACGCGGCUGAAGGAGCCCAAUCUUCUGGGCAAGAGCUUGAAGCCCUACAUCAUUGGAUUGACUGGGGGAAUAGCCAGUGGAAAAUCAUCAGUGGCUGAGAAGCUCCAGGCACUUGGGGCUGGUGUUGUUCACUGUGAUAAAUUGGCUCAUGACCUCUAUGAACCCGGGAGAGCGGGUUUCCAGAGGGUCGUAGAGCUCUUCGGGGAGGGUAUCCUCGACGGGGAGAGGAGAAUCGAUAGAAAAAAACUGGGGAAAAUAGUAUUCAAUGAUAAGGAGCAAUUGGACAGAUUGAACAGAGCGGUUUGGCCAGCUAUUCUGGAGGCUGCCGUUGAUGAAAUCCAGAAGCUCCACGUCCAGGGAUACGAGAUAAUCGUGAUGGAGGCUGCUGUGCUGAUUCAGGCUCGAUGGCAAUCUGUCUGUCACGAGAUCUGGACGUGCAUCGUGCCUCACAGUGAGGCUGUCAAGAGGAUGAUGGAGAGGAAUAAUUUGACAGAGCUGGAGGCAGAGGCCAGGAUCAACGUUCAGCCCAGUAAUAUUGAACAGGUGGAGGCAGCGACUGUCGUAUUUUCAACUCUCUGGAGUCACCAAGUGACGCUGGAGCAGGUGAAUCGAGCCUGGAAGGCUGUCAACCACUUCCUCAGUCAGAAAUCGUGAAAACUUAUCAAUUGCCAUUUUGUUAAUAGUUUUACGUGUACAGUGGGAAUUCUGAAUGAAAAUUGUUGGGGUUGUUGAUGAAU